GCCCCGGCCUGCCUCCCACCGCCCAGCUGCCCGCGAUGCCCUCCAGCGGCCCCGGGGACACCAGCAGCUCCGCUCUGGAGCGGGAGGAGGACCGAAAGGACGGAGAGGAGCAGGAGGAGCCUCGUGGCAAGGAGGAGCGGCAGGAGCCCAGUACCACAGCCCGGAAGGUGGGGAGGCCUGGGAGGAAGCGCAAGCACCCCCCGGUGGAAAGCAGUGACAUGCCGAAGGACCCCCCAGUGACCUCUAAGUCCCCGUCCAUGGCCCAGGACUCAGGCCCUUCAGAAAUGUUACCCAAUGGGGACUUGGAGAAGCGGAGUGAGCCCCAGCCAGAGGAGGGGAGCCCUGCCGGAGGACAGAAGGGCGGGGCCCCAGCAGAGGGAGAGGGUGCCGCUGAGACCUUGCCUGAAGCCUCCAGAGCAGUGGAGAAUGGCUGCUGCGCCCCCAAGGAGGGCCGAGGAGCCCCUGCAGAAGAGGGCAAAGAACAGAAGGAGACCAACAUCGAAUCCAUGAAAAUGGAGGGCUCCCGGGGCCGGCUGCGGGGUGGCUUGGGCUGGGAGUCCAGCCUCCGCCAGCGGCCCAUGCCGCGGCUCACCUUCCAGGCGGGGGACCCCUACUAUAUCAGCAAGCGCAAGCGGGACGAGUGGCUGGCACGCUGGAAAAGGGAGGCUGAGAAGAAAGCCAAGGUAAUUGCAGUAAUGAACGCUGUGGAAGAAAACCAGGGGUCUGGGGAGUCUCAGAAGGUGGAGGAGGCCAGCCCCCCUGCUGUUCAGCAGCCCACCGACCCUGCAUCCCCUACUGUUGCCACCACACCGGAGCCUGUGGGGGCUGAUGCUGGGGACAAGAACGCCACCAAAGCAGCUGAUGAUGAGCCAGAGUACGAGGACGGCCGGGGAUUUGGCAUUGGGGAGCUGGUGUGGGGGAAACUGCGGGGCUUCUCCUGGUGGCCAGGCCGCAUUGUGUCUUGGUGGAUGACGGGCCGGAGCCGAGCAGCUGAAGGCACCCGCUGGGUCAUGUGGUUCGGAGACGGCAAGUUCUCAGUGGUGUGCGUGGAGAAGCUGAUGCCGCUCAGCUCGUUUUGCAGCGCAUUCCACCAGGCCACCUACAACAAGCAGCCCAUGUACCGCAAGGCCAUCUACGAAGUCCUGCAGGUGGCCAGCAGCCGCGCAGGAAAGCUCUUCCCAGUGUGCCAUGACAGUGACGAAAGUGACACUGCCAAGGCCGUGGAGGUGCAGAACAAACAAAUGAUCGAAUGGGCCCUUGGGGGCUUCCAGCCCUCUGGCCCCAAGGGUCUGGAGCCACCAGAAGAGGAGAAGAAUCCCUACAAAGAAGUUUACACAGACAUGUGGGUUGAGCCCGAGGCAGCUGCCUAUGCACCACCCCCACCAGCCAAAAAGCCCCGAAAGAGCACAACGGAGAAGCCUAAGGUCAAGGAGAUUAUUGAUGAACGCACAAGAGAGCGGCUGGUGUACGAGGUGCGGCAGAAGUGCCGCAACAUCGAGGACAUUUGUAUCUCUUGUGGCAGCCUUAACGUCACCCUGGAGCACCCUCUCUUCAUCGGAGGGAUGUGCCAAAACUGCAAGAACUGCUUCCUGGAGUGUGCGUACCAGUACGACGACGACGGCUAUCAGUCCUACUGCACCAUCUGCUGUGGGGGGCGUGAGGUGCUCAUGUGUGGGAACAACAACUGCUGCAGGUGCUUUUGCGUGGAGUGUGUGGAUCUCUUGGUGGGGCCAGGGGCUGCCCAGGCGGCCAUUAAGGAAGACCCCUGGAACUGUUACAUGUGCGGGCACAAGGGCACUUAUGGGCUGCUGCGGCGGCGGGACGACUGGCCCUCUCGGCUCCAGAUGUUCUUCGCCAAUAACCAUGACCAGGAAUUUGAUCCUCCGAAGGUUUACCCACCUGUACCAGCUGAGAAGAGGAAGCCCAUUCGGGUGCUAUCUCUCUUUGAUGGAAUUGCUACAGGGCUCCUGGUGCUGAAGGACUUGGGCAUUCAGGUGGACCGCUACAUUGCCUCGGAGGUGUGCGAGGACUCCAUCACGGUGGGCAUGGUGCGGCACCAGGGGAAGAUCAUGUACGUCGGGGACGUCCGCAGCGUCACGCAGAAGCAUAUCCAGGAGUGGGGCCCAUUCGAUCUGGUGAUUGGGGGAAGUCCCUGCAACGAUCUCUCCAUCGUCAACCCUGCCCGCAAGGGACUCUACGAGGGCACUGGCCGGCUCUUCUUUGAGUUCUACCGCCUCCUGCAUGAUGCGCGGCCCAAGGAGGGAGAUGAUCGCCCCUUCUUCUGGCUCUUUGAGAAUGUGGUGGCCAUGGGCGUUAGUGACAAGAGGGACAUCUCACGAUUUCUCGAGGUAUAG